GGCACGGCGCGGCGCGGCACGGCACGGCGCGGCACGGCACGGCACGGCGCGGCAGCAGAGCCUCCCUCCAGCGCCGCCUUUCGGGAUGAUGAUGAUGGGGACCCUGCGGGCGUGUUGCUGCUGACCUGCGGCACGGGGACCCCCGGCACUCUCCUCACUGGGAGCUGCCACUGCCGAUGCUGAGCCGCCGGGCGCGCAGGGGAGAGCCACAGCUCCUCUUCCCCAUGGCAGCCGCUUCCCGCCGCGCCCCGGCCCAGCUGCGCGCUGCCGGCGCCCCCGAGGAGCGCGAGGUCUGAGCGCCGGGCCCCGCCGAGCCGCCACCAUGUCUCUGGAGUGGCUGCCGGACUGGAGCUGGUCCCUGGACGGGCUCCGGGAUUUCAUCGCCACGGGCAUCCAGUCGUUCCGGGACUGCGACGCGGGCGCCGUGGCCGCCGUGGCCUGCCUGCUGCUGCUCUUUGUCUGGUACUGCUACCACGUGGGGCGGGAGCAGCCCCGCGCCUACGCCACCGUCAACGCCCUGAUGCAGAGCGCCGAGGCCAACGGCGUGCAGAACGGGUACGUGUACUGCCAGUCGCCCGAGUGCGUGCGCUGCACACACCACGACGGGCUCAACCAGAAGCUCUACCACAACCUGCAGGAGUACGCCAAGCGCUACUCCUGGUCCGGCAUGGGCAGGAUCCACAAGGGCAUCCGCGAGCAGGGCCGUUACCUCAACAGCCGCCCCUCCAUCCAGAAGCCAGAAGUCUUCUUCCUGCCCGACUUGCCCACCAUGCCCUAUUUCUCCCGGGACGCUCAAAAGCACGACGUGGAGUUGCUGGAGCGCAACUUCCAGACCAUCCUGUGCGAGUUUGAGACCCUCUACAAAGCUUUCUCAAACUGCAGCCUCCCGCAAGGAUGGAAAAUGAACAGCACGUCGAGCGGGGAGUGGUUCACCUUCUACCUGGUGAACCAGGGCAUGUGCGUGCCCAGGAACUGCAGGAGGUGCCCACGGACGUACCGCUUGCUCGGGAGCCUUCGCACCUGCAUUGGCAACAACGUCUUUGGGAACGCCUGUAUCUCCGUGCUGAGCCCCGGCACCAUCAUCGCCGAGCACUACGGGCCCACCAACAUCCGCGUCCGCUGCCACCUCGGUCUGAAGACACCCAGUAACUGUGAGCUGGUGGUGGGGGGUGAGCCCCAGUGCUGGGCUGAGGGCCGCUGUCUGCUCUUCGACGACUCCUUCCUGCACACGGCGUUCCACGAAGGUCCCCCGGAGGAGGGGCCCCGCGUGGUUUUCAUGGUGGACCUGUGGCACCCCAACGUCGCCGCCGCCGAGCGCCAGGCCCUCGACUUCAUCUUCGCCCCGGGCCGGUGACGGCGUUGUGCGGCCGCGCUUGGCCCUGCCGCUGCGAGCUGCUCCCGGCCCUCACGGGGCUCCUGUAAAUGGAAACUGCGACACGUCUCAACGCCCAUCCCCUCCCUCCCUCCUCCUCCCAUCCAUCGCUGGCCCGGGGGUCCUUUCCAGCGUCCCGCCGGGGUUCAGCCACAGCACCUCUCGUCCGUGUUCUGUUGCUACUGUGUUUUGCGGUGUUCAGAAGUAGAGUAACCAAACCAAGGGUGUUUGUUUGAAUGUAAUAAUGUAAUACUCCUCGUGGUACAACACACACACACACAGCCCCCACACCCCUCCAAAACAGCACAGCAGCCCCAGCGCUGUGCUCAGCCUGCCCCAGCCCGGCUGCAGGGCUGCGCACACACACACCCCCAGGCACGACCAACUGCCUAAACCCCCUCCUUGCUUUACCUGCGACCUUGGUUUUCACCAAGAAGCCCCUGCAGGGACAGGACACCGUUGAGUGAGCAGCGCAGGGCUUUUGUUCCUCACUAGACAAAGGGAGAAAGGAGGUCACACUGCUCCACCUUCUCUUUUCCUGGUGCCAGGGCCAGCGUGCAGAGAGGCAGCUCACAGCCCUGAGAGCAGAGGAGAGGUUUCCAGAGAUGGGGAGGGGUUGAAUUGUGCAGCCCACGGAAGCAGCCCUCCGGCCCUGGGGGUCCCGGGGUGGAGCUGCCAGGCGGCUGACGCCCCGCUGCCCUGAAGCGCAGCGUGUCCUGGCACGGCCCCGGGGGGGACACAGGCCCCUUCCCCAUCGCAUUCCUGUACAGGUUUUUCAGUGAUGAGGCAGAUUUCAAACACAUCCCAGAGAACUUUUUUACACCUGUGUUGUUACAGAGUAUCUGACAUGCAUGGUUUGUACACGCAUCGACUGCCUGGGACCGGGCCCUGGGGAAGCAGGCUGGCUUGGUAACUGUCUGACAGUUUGGUGACAUUCAUACAGUGGAUAAGCAAAGAUUACCAAUAAACAGUUGUGCUGAGAACACAA